UGUUAGAUGUGUGUGUGUAGGUGAGUGUCAGUGUGCGUUUGAGAGAGCGAGCGAGCGAAAUCUAAGGGGGGCGCGGGGGUGGAGAACGUCUCUCAAUGUCGUCGCCGGCGUGAGAUCCUCUAUGUAGCCUCGGCCCGUGCUCCCCGCUUCUCCGCGGUGUCAGGGUAAAAGUGCAGGGGUAAAAAUGAGUGAAGAUGACAAGCCAUUUGUGUGCAACGUGCCAGGCUGUGGGCAGAGCUUCACUAACGAAGACCAUCUGUCCGUGCACAAACACAAGCAUGAGAUGACUCUCAAGUUUGGGCCACCCAAGAGUGACGCCCUCGUCGUUGCUGACCAGACUCCGACCCCGACUCGAUUCUUGAAGAACUGUGAAGAAGUCGGCCUUUUCCAUGAGCUCGCAAGCCCCUUUGAUAAGCUGGAGCAUGAGUUUAAGAAGGCUCAAGAGGAAGAGGACAAAAAGCUCGUGCUGGGGCUGCCUGCCCCCAGCCUGGCCGAGGCGAGCAGCAAGGAUGGGGAGCACGUGGCUAUGGAAACCUCGCAGCCCUGCACCUCCUCCACCCAGCCUGAGCCCAGCGCCGGCAGCAGCAACAAGAAGGAGGCUGCGUUCCCUGUGGUCUCCGAGGUGGCGCUGCCCCUGCGCCCAUCCUCCCUGCUGCUGCCGAGCCCCACGCGCAGCCCCAGCAUGGUGAUCCAGCAGACGAUGCCUUCGCCAAAUUCGCCCUCCGUUAUCAUCCAGGCUCCCUCUGCCCACCAGCAGCAUGUUGCGCCCAUCCCGGGUUCCCUGCCCGUCAUCCUGCAGCUGUCCAACGGCCAGGCGGUGUCGGUGUCUCUUCCGGCCAGCGCGGCCACCAGCCCCACGCUCCCCGUGCCCGCCGCCGCCUACCCCGAGCAGCAGCCCGUCACCAUCCAGAUCCCUGCCGUGGUGUCAAACGUGCCGGGUAUCCCUGGGCCUCCUCUGGGCAGCCUCGCUCCACCCUCGACCCAGGCUGCCCUCACCACCCCGCCUGGUUCUCAUCAGCAGCACGGAGUCACCACGAGGCUAAAGGCCAUGUUGACGGAGGUGUCGCCCCAGAACGGAGGGGUGGAGGUUCUAUCGCAGGCCGUGGAGAUGGUGAUAGCCCAGCAGGAUUCCCAUCUGCCCCUGCUUAGCCUGCACAUCCCACAACCACAGGCCUUGUCUGAGCCCCAGCCGUCACCUCCGGUCUCCACGCCGGGCAGCAGCAGCAGUGGCUGUGGUGGAGGGAGUGGCCCAGGCGUGGAGCUGAGUAAAAGCACGAGCCCGGCGGCGGCCGGAGGGGGUCGCAGGCGACGCAGCGCCAUCACGGACCCCGAGGAGCGGCGCAGACGCUUCCUCGAGCGCAACCGCGCCGCCGCCUCUCGCUGCCGCCAGAAGCGCAAGCUGUGGGUCAUGGACCUGGAGCGGCGUGCGGAGGACCUGGCUCACACCAACGUGGAGUUGCAGAAGGAAGUGACGGAGCUCAGGGGCGAACUCGCCCACCUCAAGCAGCUGCUGCUCGCACACAAGGACUGUCCCGUGACGGCGUUGCAGAAAGAGGCGCAGGCCUUCUUGGGUGCGAUCAUGGAGUCCCAGGAGAGCACGGCGGCGGCUGCGGCGGCUGCGGCCUCGUCAAACAAAUCGUCCGUGCCGCCGACGGAGACCGCGGAGGGGAACGACCCGGCGCCGGACAACCGCCUGUUCACGGUGGACGUCUCCGCGCUGAGCGUGCCGGGCGGCGGAGGCCAGGCCGUCUCCGGCUCUAGUUGACGGCUCGUUGAGCGGGGACCAGGCCCACGUGAGGCUGACAAGCCCCCGGGCCUGACUCAGCCCGAGUCCGAGACCCUGGCGUGGUAGCCUGGGACUCCGGGCCACGUGGGUUCGGCGGGCACUGCCAAGCAGCUGCUGGGCCGAGGUUGGAAGCACAGAUUUUUAAACGGGACGAAGCAAGUCGGCGUCGACUCCGCUUCCGUCGCGAUUCAGGGGAGGCUCGUGAAGUCGUAUAACCGCUUUUCCAUUUAUGUCUGUCUGUCCUCUGGAAUAGUGACCGGUCGGCAAUUUAAUAUGGCGAGCGAUGACCGCGUAAUAUCCUACACACCUAGCUCUCUAGUAAUACACAGGGUAACCUCCUGGAUGCCAUUCUUUACUCUUAUCUCUUUCACGUCGAAUAUAUGAAUAAUAGUUGCUUGUUUUCAUAUGAAAGAAAGAGAAUACAAUUCUUCACCGAUUGUUUACAUGGUUUAGCAUUUUUUUAAAGGCAUUGUACAUUUCGAAAUGUAUUUUAUAUGUAGAUUAUUCUAUAUUUAGAGCUAGAGUAUUUGAAGACGAGCUGGGGUAUCAUGUCUGUGUGCCUGUGUAAUGCACUCCCAUCGUUGUGUUUGUGCACGUGAUACGCACUUGUUUUUGCAUUCCUAGAGUCGAGAUGACUUUCGUGACGUGCGAUGAGACACGCAGUAGUACUAUUUUGAGGGUUUCCUCCAAGACCAUGUAAAUGAACUUGCAAUUCCGAAAGGGACCUUGCCACCUUUGAACAGAAAAAUCACUCGCAUCUUGCAGUGUUAGCGUGAACGGAAUGUGAACCUUGCUUUAUUGUUUACUUUGAUCGCAGGUGGACGUCCCCGUAGCUGCGAGCCAGGCUGCCGCUGCCCUGCUCGGCCUUGGCUCGCCGUUGCUGUCGUGCAAUAACGCACCCUGAGGGGGUCUCCCAGUCACAGCGCGGCAAGGGCAGCGGUAAUCGGGGGCCAAGCGCAAAGCCCAAGUGUUUCCUUUACACGUCCUUUUUUGUUAACGUUAAUAUUAUUGUUAUUACCGUCACGAUUUCUCAGUUAAGCCUUAUUUGCGACGAAACUUUUGCACUUUUUUGGCAACGCGUUUGCGUGUGCUUCAGCGCUGGCGCGUGCCUCAUUUCAGAUUUGCACUUUUAAGUUUUGGCGCGGCGGGUUUGCCGCAUUUGCGUCGCUCGCUCACUCUUUGGUAUCGGCCGCCCAGCCACUGCUUUUGAAGCUCUCUCCCCGCUGUGCUUGUUCAUGCCCUGCAAACCACCCCGUUGCUUGGUUUUGGAAGUCAUCUCGUCAAACUGCACGAGCGGGGAAUUGCAGAACAGCAACCGUGAUCGCAGUCGAUUGGAACCACCCUACGGCACGGCGUGUUGAACAACACAGCUCAAUGGUUCCGUGUUCAGAGCAAUGACCACUAGAUCACCUUUAUUAAUGACUGGGUAAGAGCAUUGAGAGCUGAAGUAUUUUUUUAAGGGAGACCCUGGGUUGGUUAAUUGCUGUAGACCACAAGACACCUGUAGGCUUGAAUCAUGUAUUUUACGUUACAGCAGCGAUCCAAAAACGUUUCGGUCAUAAUGCAGUUUUGCUCUGAGCAAGUCUAAUUAUCCUGCAUCCCGUCAGCCACAUUCACUGGUUGGUGUAACUGCCAAUGGAACAGCCAAUGAGAAUUUGAGGUGGUUGCUUUUAUGCCUCGAAACGAAAAGUAUUAAAAUGUACUUCGCCGAAAACCCGGAGGCGGUUAAACGCGUUGCCGACGGCCUUUAUGAAGAAUACCAUGUCUCGAGUUUUGAUGGCAUGCGAGUUUUAAUCUUGUAACAUGUACAGAGCGAUAACAAAACCGUCCUCGUGCGAGGCUUGGGGUCGAGCCCUUCAGGAACACCGUUUGACUAGACUAAGCAUCGCAAAUGCAACACAAACUCGCAUUAAAGGGCAGCAGCAGUAGCGGCACUGUGUCUUGGUUUACGGUCCAUCCAUUUGUUCUCAUCACAUCGAAGUUGAGCUGCCUUGCCAGACGCCCAUGCCAUUUUAAGGAUCGUCUGUGCCUGAAAAGUUGCACAGUUACAAAAAGUAACCCACAGGAGGUGCGUGAAAUUGAUUACAUGAUUAUUAUUUUAAUCAACAUGAGCAUACCCACGUGGGAAUCCCCCCUCGGAGCGCCGUUCAUGGUAUUAGCAAGUAGCGUUUUGAGUGGUUUACAUGUUGUCUGAAAGGUUACCUUGCACUGUGUUGUAUCUUCCAGUGAAACUGGGUAGGUAGUGGCUUGCCGUUUAGAUUUGUAAUUGCAAUGCGGACAGGUUCUUUUGUAAUCGGAAAGCAUCAUUGCUGUUGGACUUGUGCGUGCGUGCGAUGACCUUCACACACUCUUCUCUGCUGUUGCUCGCAACAUUUAACAUUUAUUCUCUGUGGGAAUCUCUCUGCCAAAAGUUGGCAAUGCGUGUUUUGUCGUCCUAACCUUCGUUGUGACAAACUUAUUAAAUAGAGGCUUGCCCUUGCUGCAAGGGGCCACGUCCUCCUGGGUGGUUUUGGAUCAUUUUAGUUUUUAGCAUUUCAGCAUUUUGUUUUUUGCUUUUUUCUCC